UGGAUUACUCUUUAAAAUGAGAAGAAAAAGUGUCCUCCCACUUGUUGGCCUCAUCCUUGUUCUUGGUGUCCAACAUGUAAUCUCAGAAUCUCCUCUCCCAAAGGGCGAUCACGGGGAGUGUGGAUUCUCCAGUGACGAGAAAGAUUUGUGUGCCUCAUAUUGUUACAGGUCUAUGAAACUCGGUCUAGCUUACAUUAUUGAGUUGAAGGAAAAAAUCAAAACACUGGAGGAGAAUCAUUCAGAGAAGGAAAAUAGUCAGCUAAGCAAAGCAGUUGAGAAUUUGCAAAGUAAAAUUGAUCAACAGAAUAUACAGAUAGCUAAUAUUAACGAUUUUAUCAUAAACUCAGUUAACAGGCAGAAAGAGAUAAUGAUCAAUGGAAAGAUGGUAAUUGUGCUCAAUGGCAUGGAGCCUGGUGGCAUAAAUCUUGCACCAAGGCGUAAGUAA